UCCAUCCUCGGCUGGCGCGCUAAAUUACAAUACUUACACCUGCUCAUCCCUCCGUCAAUUCUCGCCCUGUACACGUGCACAGCAAUGCCAAUUAUACACCCACGAUUUCGUCUCGGUUAUAUGUACUCAAUUGUUAGUUAUUCACUUUGACGUAUAUAGUGCGAGUGCGUCUCUCUGUCCAGUGUAAGCAACGGUUAAACAGCGGUGUGUAUACUUGGAAGUCGGAGAUUUGCGCGAGUCUGCAUAUAGGUGAAAAGGAGAUAAUUGAUCGGUAACGCGAGCGCAACUCGCACUCGUUGGGUAUACCAAAGUACAUACCCGCGGGCUGAUAUAUCGGUUGGUCGGAGGGGGUGUGUGUUGGGCGCUUCUUGUUUUAGCGAGGGUUUAAAGUUGUUUCGCGAUUUUUUGGGAGACAGGAAGAAACAAUAAACAAGAAAAAAUAUUAAAAAGAAGAUAAAACAACAGGCACACGGUGCGAGGGAUAUGUGAUGAAGUCGCCGGUGAUCAAUGACGGUAACGAUCAAGCGAGCGAGAUCAGUGACGUGCCGGCGGAUUUCGAACGGGCUAUCUCUCUCACGGGCCAUGGAAAAUUCAAUUACUUACUGCUGUUGGCGAUCGUGCCGACUUCUUGGGCAGCCGUGUACUCCUCCUCGUCCAUGUCUUACAUACUACCCUCGACGGAAUGCGACCUACAGUUCACGGAUCUGGAAAAGGGCAUGCUCACCUCGAUGCCCUCAGCAGACAACAGGAGAGACGGAAGUGGUGUUUUUUCAAUGAGAAUGGUAAUAAUGUCGCUGGUAUGGGGAUUCAUCAUCGACGCAUUCGGUAGGAGGAAAAUCAUAGUCUACGGGUCUCUCUGUUUUGCCAUCAACACUUUGGCCAGCACUUUCAGCCAGACCUCGUGGCAGCUGAUAAUUUUCAAGUUCAUCGACGGCGUUGUGAUGUCCGGUCCAUACGCGGCGUUGCAGUCCUACUUGGCGGAGGUUCACAGCGAGCACAACAGGUCGCGGAUCUACAUGUGCGUAGGAAUGGUGAUAGCCGUUGGAAACAUAAGCCUACCAUGUCUGGCGUGGCUGGUGAUCCCGCGCAAGUGGCCCCUGUCCGACUGGGUAGAGAUCACCUCGUGGAGGCUCUUCCUGGGCUUCACCUCGCUACCGGGUUUGGCCGCGGGCUUCGCCUUUUACUUCUUCCCGGAGAGCCCGCGCUUCCUCCUGGCCACGCGCCGCCACGACUCCGCCCUCGAGGUGUACAAACAAAUCUACUCCCUCAACACGGGCAAACACCCCGACACCUAUCCCGUCGCCAGCCUCGAGGAGGAGGAUACCAUCAAAAUACAAGGGGUCACGUUCAAGGAGACCCUCAAGGGCUGCUGCAAGCAAAUUCAGCCGAUCUUCAUGCCGCCGAACGUCGUCAAUCUCGUUUUGACCUCCGCCAUCCAGUGCGGCGCGACUUUAGGAUCCAAUACGCUGAGACUGUGGAUGCCGAUGGUCUUUGCCGUGCUCGAGACCUACGAGCAAGCGCACUUGGGCGGUCCCUCCACGACCAUAUGCUACAAAAUCGGCAACGCCGGCUUCGUCAACGGCACUGCGAGUGAGGUCGUGCACUGCUCCAACGUUGUCAACGACACGGUCUAUACAAAUUCAAUAGUCAUAUCGGUAGCAACGGUCAUAGGGUACAUUAUUGCCAGAAGCCUAGUGAAUGCCAUUGGCAAGAGGAUCCUCAUGGGGAUUUGCUUUUUUGGAGCUGGCUGUUGUUGCGGGGCUCUAUACUGGGCCAGGAACUCGAACGAAAUCCUCGCGAUAGCAUCGGUGUUCGUCGCGCUGACUAGUAUCGGCGGCACCAUAGUCAAUAAUUUUGUCGUCGACGUAUUUCCGACUACUUUGAGAGCCAUGGCUUUGAGCGGGACAACAAUAAUAGGUCGCAUGGGAGCUUUCGUGGGUAACCUGGUGUUCCCCAUACUCUUCAGUCUGGAUUGUUUGGCGCCAUUCAUAAUGAUAGGCUCCGCCUGCUUGAUGUGUGCUCUGUUGGUUCUGGUCUUACCAAGGAAAACAAAAGGUUGACGCCGUUUCGGGACCGACUGUCCAAACCAAUCUCUUUGGAACGAAAAAAUUUUUGCCGAACGAGCGUGAAAAACGUUAAUCGUGUGCAUUAAUUGCACAUAGUAUUGUACAGGAAACUCGCGAAAACGCUUAAUUAAGUUUAAGAAACGAUCGCCUCUGUCGUACGCAACAAAAGAUUGUGAUAAUCAUUUUUUUUUUUUUUUUUUUUUAUUCAUAAUUUGUGUGUAUGAUUUAAUACUUUAGGUAUCCGUCAUUGUAAAUAACACACAUGUACAGUGCCACUUUGAGUAAUAAUCGUCGGCUCUCGGUAACGCAGUUUAAAACGUGUUCAUAAUUCAUAGCGUAUAUUAUGUAUUUUUUAAUAAACUUUUUAAGUAUUGUUCAUUGUGGCAGUAUUGUUGGGAUAUAUAACACAAACUAGUUUUUUGUAAAUUUAAAAAAAAAAAAAUUCCUAUACACGUAUUCACAAAAGUACAACUGGUGAGAUAAGCGUGAAAAAUCACGACGUCUCGAUUGUAAGCCUUACCGUUAUACCUCUCACCCGUGCCGUUACUAUUUUCGUUUUUGCAACCGCGUAUACACUCAACUUUUACGUAAACACGCGCCGCAAUUUCUCCAGAAAUGACGCAUAAAGCACAGCGUAACGCUCAAUGAUGUAAAAAGGGGAGGGGGGGGGGAAAGAAUCAGACGACUGGCUUUUUCACCCACACCCAAC